UGUGUGGGAGUGGCUGAACGGUAUUUUGGUUUUUGUAUAGCCUAAUGUCAACAACAUUCUUCAGAUUGCAGUGACAGUCAAAUAACACAAGUGCUCUUGUUGGAUUAUAGAAAAGUCAGAAACUAUGGCAUGUGCAGCUGAAGCUCAAAACACUGGAUUUACCUUAAGUGAAACAAGUCUGAAGAAAGCACACAUAAGGAUGUUUCAAAGUACUUGUAGUUCAUUCCCUCUUGUCAAACCAGUUAUGAGUCUUCAGCCAUGUCAGGCAUUUUUAAAAAUGUGUAAAAAAGUUGAGAAAGCCUGUAACCAGGGAAUUUACAGAUUUGCAAGUACAAGUCAUCAGGAAGAGAAUUUAUCUCUUGAUGAUUCAAAGUACAUCAUCAGAGAACUGGCAGCUGAGCUUGAAAGAGUGGUACAGUUCAAGAAGGUUUCCAAGGUGGUUGAAAAGAUGAAAGAUAAAGAAACCGAGGAAGAACAACAAUAUUAUAUUUUGCACUGGGCUGAACAGCUAGAGUCAUUACAGAGUAAACAAGUGGAUGUUAAAGCAAUACAGGAGAUACCUUCUGAUAACAGCAGGUUGGAAAGUGAGAUUAAAUGGAAGAAAGCUAAAGGAAUCUUGUCUAACUGGUCUUGGACACUAAAACAAAUGAAAGAGAACUCAGUAUGUCCAAACCGAGAAUAUAGAGAAACACUGAAGAAUCUCCACAAACAGUGCAAAAAGGGAGAGUCCAGCAUUCUUUCAGUAAUGGACUGGAUGAUGUGGACUGUCCUACAACCAGAAACCUGUGAGGAUUCUUCUCCCAGACAGUGGAUGAAGAAAAAACAGCGAUCCAAAAAUACAGUUGGAUUACCUAUUCCCAACUCAGUUUGGGAGUGGAUCACAGUCUCAACAGGUCUUGUAGUUCUGGAUCCAAACACAGCCAACCCAGAUCUCCAAGUCUCUGAAAAUGAAAAAUCUUUAAAAGCAAGAAACUUUGACAAAAAUAGUGAUAAUUGGAAAGGGUUCCAAAGAAAUAAUUCUAGAUAUGAUGGUUGGACCUGUGUUCAAGCUAAAGAGGGUUAUAAAACAGGUCGUCAUUACUGGGAAGUAAAUGUAAGGAAGAAACGUGAGUGGAGGGUUGGUGUUGUGAAAGAAUCGGCCCCCCGGCAUGGAUAUGUCACUAUGAAUACAAAAACAGGGUACUGGAAUCUGCGCCUGCAACUGGGAACUUUAAUGGCUUUGACAGAACCAGUCUCUAAACUGUUCAUAUCAACACCCUCUAAAAUAGGAGUUUAUCUGGACAUAGAGGAAGGUCACGUCUCUUUUUAUGAUGCAGAGAAAAGAAGACAUAUUUAUACAUUUAACACAGACUUUGAUGGGUCUGAAGAUAUUUACCCAAUGUUUGGCACCAUUGAGACAGACAGGCCGUUGGUGAUUUCAUAACCAAACGUUCCCAGUGAGCAAGAAGUGAGAAUGAAAUGAAGGCUAUAGACCCAAUAUGGUCCGGCUGUGAGAAACUCACUUCUACCCUUAAAAACCUUAAAUUUGGUUACAAGCCAUUUGUAUGAUAUUCCAUCAUGUAAGCAAAGUCAACAAGUGUUCAGUGUGUUUGCUUUUAUUUCUUUUACAAGUAUGCAUCGUCUUUUCUUGGGCUAUGGGUAGACGCCUAUUAGACUUCCACGAGCAGACCAAAUUUGGCCUUUUUAGCCAAAAUUGUUUGCAUGGGUUAGUAUACUGUACAUUUACUCACACAGCCAUGUAACUCUGGUUUUCCGGAGUAAAAAUUGACAUGCAGACGCAGCUCCAGUCCAGACAGUUUUCCACCUCAUCUGUAUACAGUACGUUAUUUACCGAUGACCACAAACAUAGCCUGCGUCAGCCAGAUAGUAGAGAGUCAUGGUAAGCAUCACUUUAGGGAUGUCCUGAGACUAACAGAGUCAGAUUUAUACCCCAUUUUUCACAUUAACUCUUUUCGCACAAAACAAAAAACACCUCAAGUGAGUAUAAAAAUUAUACUCCAAAAUAAAAUGAAUAGUUUUUGUAAAUUUUUGUUAAUUUUAUUUUGAAACUUGGUGUCUCCGUCACUCGUUUCUGAUGCAAUAAUGUGCAUAAAAACAGGGGGAUGAAAGGGAGUACUUUCCUUGGCCAGAGUCAACCAGAUUGUGAAGUUAGUCUUCAAUAAUAUGCACCACUUAAUGAAUUUAUGUUGAUAUUAAAAUAUU